AUGAAACUUUUCGGUCUCCUGCUCGGCUCUGGCCUGAGCCAAUCUCUUGAUGAGAGAGUUGCGAUCCUAGAAGACGCUGUUCUCCAGCAGCAUAAAGAGAUCGAUCAGCUCAAGCAGCGAUUGACCAAGGCUGAGACGGAGCUUGAUGUUUUGGAGGCUUCUUUGACUUGCGGAGGAAGUGCCUUCCAUGACGUCUGUGGCUGCGCUUCUGGAUAUGCUUACUACCAAGGUGAGUGCGUUCCAAGUGACGAAAAUGCCGCAAAGGCGUGGCUUGAGGACUUCAACGAGGAGUACCAAUUCUACGUCCACGAUGCUUCCGAUGCGUACUUUACCUACGAAACCAACAUCACCGACCACAAUCUCGCUUUGGCCGGCGCUGCCAGUGCUCGAUUCGGCGCCUGGUACUCCGCCAACAUCCCCCACGCCAUCAAAGUUUUUGACUGGAAAAACUAUGAAGAUCCUCUUCUCAAGCGACAGUUCGCAAAACUUCUUGGAAACUCGAACUCCCUCGAUGCUGAAUCAAGCGCAGCUCUCAGCAAUGCAAUGAACAGUAUGAAUCGAAUCUACGCCUCUGGCACUGUUGGAGACGCUGAUCGAUGCUUGUACCUCGAAGAUUCUGGAGAAUCACUUGAGGGAAUCAUGGCUAACUCUCUUGACUACAACGAGCGACUUUGGUCCUGGCUCGGAUGGAGAACCAAUGUUGGUGACGAGAUGAGACCUCAUUUCGAGACUUAUGUCGAGAUGAAAAACAAGUGGGCUCAACUCAACGGCUUUGAGGAUUACGGAGCAUACUGGCGAAGCGACUAUGAAAUGCCAGACGAUAACUUCAACGAUAUGGCUGUUGCUGAGUACGAAAAGAUUGAACCCCUCUAUGUCCAGCUCCACGCUUACGUUCGAUAUCGACUUGGCGAAGUCUUCGGCAAUGACAUCUUCGACAACGAUGGAGGUCUUCUUCCCGCCAAUGUUCUUGGAGACAUGUGGGGACGAUUUUGGACCGGGCUCAAUCAGUUUGUUGUUCCUUACCCAGACGCGCCAGACGUCGAUGUCACUGAGGAGCUUUUGGCGCAAGGAUACGAUGCCAAAAAACUGUUCGAGCUUUCUGAUGACUUCUUUGCUUCUCUUGGUUUGGAACGUGUCAACGACAUCUUCUGGGACAAAUCUGUUAUUGAGCGAAAUCCAGAUGUGGAGAUGGUCUGUCAUCCAACUGCUUGGGACUUGUUCAACGGCGAGGACUUCCGAAUCAAGAUGUGCACGGACGUCAAUAUGGAGUAUUUGCUCACUAUUCAUCAUGAAAUGGGUCAUAUUCAGUACUACAUGCAAUACGCCUUCCAGCCGCCACAAUUCCGAGAUGGCGGAAACGAAGGAUUCCACGAGGCAAUGGGAGAAGUUAUGGCGAUGAAUGUCGCUACCCCUGAACAUCUUCGAGCUAUUGGACUCCUCGGCCCCAAGGGAGACGAAGAGACAGAAUACCAGACAACAAUCAACUUCCUCAUGUUCCAGGCUCUCCAGCAAGUUGCGACGAUGCCAUUUACGCUCAUGAUGGAAAACUGGCGAUAUUCUAGCUUCAACGAGUCGAUUUCAACUGAUGAAUGGAUGGAACAGUUUUGGCAAAUGAAAAAUGAGUGGGUUGGUGUCAAGGCCCCAGCUGAGCGAACUGAAAUUCCAAAAGUUCUCUGCGACGCUUGCGGACAUACCGGCCCUCUCUACACAUGCGAUGUCUACCAAUGUCAAGCAGCUGGAGAUAAACUCAAGAUUCUUAUGGGCAAGGGCGGCUCCGAGUAUUGGCUUGAUCAGCUUCGCGAGUUCACUGGGGACGACGAGGCAACUAUGAACGCGGACGGUAUGGCGGACUACUAUCAGCCACUUAUGGACUGGCUUGUUGCUGAAAAUGCUCGACUCGGAAUCACUCCUGGCUGGGAUGCUUCAAAGACUGACUACGUUGCAUUCGACGAAAACAUGGAUUUUGUUGGACAGUGCGCUGGAAAGAAAGAAGCUAAAAAGACAACACCACUUCCCUUCGUUGAUUUUCUUAAACAGUACAUCAAGGCUUAA